UCAUGUCGUGUAUACUGAGGGCUUGUUCUGUUUGUCCAAUAGGAUUUAGGGUAGAUAAGGAGAGGCCAGAUAAAUAUGACACAAAUUAGAAGUUGGGUUAUUCAUUUCAGCUGUUUGGUUUGCACUAUAUAAAGCACAAGUGAUAUAUAUCGUGUGUUUGGUUUGCUGUAAAUCAAAUACCACAAUACCCAAACCUAAAUUGGAGAAUAUAUAUUACAACUCUCUUCCGCCGCUCUUCCAUUUCAGUGUUCCAGAAUCGCCUCGCAAAUUCCGCAGAAGCUAUUUUCACUUUGUCCAGUUGAAGAUGUCUGACUACAUGCGUUCAAGGUUCACUUCCCCUGAUGUGCCGAGUUCGCAAGUGAAUUCCCGCCUUGGACGGUCAAGGAGAGGCAACGGUGACCGAACCCGCCGAACCUGGUCAUACCGUGAGGAGGAGAUUCUUGUGGUUGCGCUGAAGGACCUUGUUGUCACCGGAUGGAAAGCCGAUAAUGGAUUUCGGACAGGCUACCUUGGCAGACUCGAGGAAGCCCUGAAGAAGCAUUACCCCAACACUGACAUCAAAGCAACUCCUCAUAUUAACUCGAAGCUCACUUCCUGGAAAAGAUGCUACAAUUCUUUGCGUGGCAUCUUAAGUCGUAGCGGUGUGGGGUUCAACCUCCACGACGACUACAAGAUAGAUUGCGACGACGAUCAGUGGUCGCAAAUUGUCAAGCAAGACCCUCAUGCUCGCUACAUGAGGGAUAAGAGCUGGCCAUUCUGGGACCAUUGGCAGGUCAUCUUUGGUAAGGAUAGGGCUGCUGGGGGAUCAGCUACUGGUUUGAUGGAUGCGGUCAAUGGGCUUUACACUCAGGACACCGGCUCAGGCUCAAGCGAUGGAGGUGAGGUUGGCAACUCUGUUGGCUCUACUGAUGUGCCCACUUCUCAUCCACUGAGUCAGACCAGCACUCCUCCCGAUGCUCCGGUUGAAAGCUCAGGCAACACUAACCGUGAGAAAGCUGCUCGGCCUGCGGGUGGGAAAAAGAGAAAGGCUGACCAUUCUAUAGAUGGUCUCAUUGAACUGCUGGGGAAAAUCAAUGACGCCACCAACGUGAGGUUGGAUUCUUUAUCCCUCCGCAUUGGUUAUGAGUUCGAUCUGAGCAAAGCACGGAAGGAAGUAUUUGCUGAACUAGGUCGCUUGCCUGGACUGACAAGGGAGCAAAAGUUUGAUGCAGGGGAGAUUAUUCUGGAGAAGGUGGAAAGGUUGGAUUUCUUUCUUGGGAUGCCGGAUGAUGACCGUAUCGCGUUCGUGCUUCGUGUGCUUGCGAAAUAUGGUUCGGGAUAGAUGGGGGAAUCUACAACGGGUGAAGGGGUGGCGUAGGUCGAUGGCUUGCCUGAUAUAAUUUAUAAAGCCUAUUUUCUGUCUGAAACUUUUUUUUUGGAAGCCCCUCUUCAACAUUGGCUUGUUGCAAUUGUCUGUAGAUUAUAUUAUUAUCUAUCAUCUUUUGUAGGAAGGAUUAUGUUGCCUUAAUCAGUAAACGAUUUCCUAGUAUUCCUUAA